UUCAUCACUGCACAUGCGCAGAUCGUUCAUCCGGAAAGCCGUGUGUUGACUCUUGUAACAAAAAUAAAGCCAAAAAUCACUUCAACAUGUCAAGGACACCCAACUACCACAUGAAUCCAUAUUCCGGAGGUACACCGUCAAGAAAUUCAGGAUUCUCUCCUUACCAAGAUCAAAAUAGAGGUUCGAUGGGCCCUCCUGGAGGACACAGGCAUGGCUACUUCACUCCUCAACAAGGUGAGGCUCCCAUGAUUGGUGGAGGCAUCAUUCCAGGUCAGCGGUACCCCUCGCACAACAACUCCCCAUUCUCUACCCCAUCAUUCCAGCAGUCGCCCUAUCAGCCGAACGCGGGAUCUUCUCCCCACGAAUCGCCCAACAGGGGAGGAGGGAGAGGGGGCUACCAGAGGAGGGACUCCAGGGGGUGGGGAAGGGGGCGAGGAGGCGGACGAGGGGGCGGUGUCCAGUUUACGCCGUCGGGUCAUCAGCAGUUUCACAACAGGAAAAGAUUCUCGGGAGGAAGUCCGUACCAGAGAGGUCAGCAUGGUGGCAACUCAUCAGUCAUAGAGCGUUACUUCAAGCAAUCCAUGUUAGAAGAUCCGUGGAAGAACCUUGUGGCCAAGAAGGCAUCUGUAUCAUCAUCAUAGCUGGACUAUGAGGGCACUGUAGACCGUAGAAUUUCAGUGACACAUGAGGUCAGGGGUCACCAUUGACUGUCGGGCUACCACCGUCACCAUUUGAAGCGAGUCGAUGAUUUCACUGUAAUUUUUGUGUUGACCAUUAUUAACCUGAUCCUCAGUGAGUAUGGUGCAUGAGGUUAGUGGCCGUCAAUGACCGAUUGAGAAGGGCUGCCCAAAACCAUAGCCAAUCAGUGAUGUUGCAUAGUGACCAUUGGCAACCAGACCAGUG